AUGUCCGCCCUGCAGGCCAUCCGCUAUGAGCAUGGCUCCCUGAGCGUCCUGGACCAGCUCCUCCUGCCUCACACGUCGGAGUACGUGCGUGUGGCAAAUGCCCAGGAUGGCUUUUCGGUCAUCCGGAAUAUGCAGGUUCGCGGUGCGCCGGCCAUCGCCCUGGUGGCCGCUCUGGCGGUGGCCGUCGAUCUGCAGACCAUGGACCUCGACGCCCAAACGGCCGAGGGCCUGCGUACGCACAUUUCCCAAUCCUGGGCCCUGCUCAGGACCAGCCGGCCGACGGCGGUCAAUCUGUUCGACGCCGCGGCCGAUGUGGAGGCGCUUCUGGCCAAUGCCCCGGCCGAUGCCAGCCCUGCCGACCUGGUUGAACGCUACGUGGCCUUUGCUGAGCGUCUCCUCCGCGAGGAUGUCCAGACCAAUCGCAACAUCGGCCACCAUGGACUGGAGUUCCUGCGCACCGCCCGUGCUGAGUCCCUCACCACCGGCGGGCUGACCCUGCUGACGCAUUGCAACACGGGCAGCCUGGCCACCGCCGGGUAUGGCACCGCGCUGGGGAUCAUCCGUGCGGCCCACGAGGCCGGGUGUCUGAAGGAGGCCCUCUUCACCGAGACCCGGCCCUACAACCAGGGCAGCCGCCUGACCGCAUAUGAGCUCCACGUUGAGCAGAUUCCCAACCGCAUGAUCUGCGACAACAUGGUCGCUGCGGCCAUCAGCCGCCUGGGGGUGGAUGCGGCUAUUCAUCACCGCGAUCAUCCAUGCGCGGCACCUCGCAUGCAACCCCAACUCACAAGCAUCUCCCCCCCCCCCCCCCGUAACCGACUGCCCGAUUGCGAAAGCCUUGCCGCGAAUGGCGAUACUGCCAACAAGAUCGGCACGCUGCAGCUGGCCCUCGCAUGCCAGCACUAUGGCAUUCCCUUCAUUGUGGCUGCGCCGACGACCUCCAUCGACCUGAACACGGCCUCCGGCGAGGACAUUGUCAUCGAGGAGCGCCCGGCUGGCGAGCUGCUGCACAUCACUGGCCUUGAGGUUGGCGAGGGGGCUUCCCCAGGGCGCAUGACCACCAUUCGUGUGAGCCCGGCCUCGACCGGCUGCUGGAACCCCUCGUUCGAUGUGACUCCGGCCUCGCUGAUUGCGGCCAUCGUCACCGAGCGUGGCACCUUCGUUCGCGAGCCCGGCGCCGACACCUUCAACCUGCGUGCCGCGCUUCAGUAG